AUGACGGUCAAGGUCAAACCUUUGAGUACCCCUGAACGGUCGCCCCAAGACUUGGUUGCGUCUUCCAUUGGAGAAAAUACGGAUUCAGAGAGAUCACUUCAUCAUCAACGUUCAGAGAAUGAUUCUUCCAAUUCUUUCUUGUGUUGUUUCUCAAUCAAGUACAUUCUCAUCAAUUUGAUUGUGGGACUCAUUGUCCUUAGUGUUUUGAUUUUAUCCGCCAUUUGGGUCAGCUGUUUCAGUGCCACUGUCUCUGAAUUGAGUAAUAACAUUCGUGAUAAGGAAUUUUCAAAAAUUGUUACUUAUACUGAUGAAACUCUGAACCGUGUUGCCUUCUUUAUGACGACAUUUAAGGGACAGCUCUUGAAUGAUUACAAAACCAUGGACCGCACACUUGAAAAUCAUAUUUAUAGAGCAUACAAGUCUCUGAUGAAGUAUGAAUCCAUGCUCACAUUUGCUCUCUUUUUGGGCGAGUAUCAUGGUAACACGCUUGGUAUGACUCAAAUGGGAAACAAUUUCGUGCUGCUCAACUUAACCUAUGGCCAAAAUCAGAAGUUUUAUAUUUGCAGAGAUUUUCAUAAUUUUGAUUAUUGCAAUCGAAAUUCUACUCCUGACAUGGUGCGUCCAGCAUUUACGGACCAAGCAGCAGCUAACACUGCUAAUAACAAUCCAGGAAAAACACUCUUUGCGCCCUCAUUUACAGAUCCCACUCUACCUGAUGUCACACUUCUUUCAUUAUUGACAAGCUUUGAACUGAACCCACCAGCAAGUAACGGUCAGACAGUCAGUCACUUAAUUGGGUACAGCAUGACUACCAAGUUUUUAUCUUUGUUCUUGAUUGAAAUGACCAAAAGUAUUGCAGGAUCUCAUACUUUCAUUGUUGAGGUUAACACUGACUAUAUCAUUGCAAGCGAUCAACAAAAUGACAAAUCGGUUUCAGGAGGUGCUAGAAAAAAGAUUGGAGACAUGAAUGGCGCCAUCAAACAAAUUGGUCUGCAAGUCUAUUCCAAAUUCAAUAAUAAUCUGCGGAAUUUACAAUGCAACAAUCGUCAAGUACUCACUCUCACCGAUCAAUUCAUUCUCAUCCAUCGAUUGUGUAACGAGAAUGGAAUUGAUUGGAUGCUGGUAUUGAGCGUUCCUCAAUGGAAUUACAUCAGUAAUAUGGUUUUGGCGAUCAUUGCUGCAGUGAUCAGUGCUUGUAUCAUUUCCUUGGUGAGUGCUCUCAUGGCAGUUGUUGUCUCUCUCCGUAUAGUGAAACCAUUCCAUCAAUUGAUUCAAUCUUUUGAAAUGGUUUCAAAUAUGCAAUUAGAAGAUUGGAAUUUGAGAAAGAGUCAAUUGACAGAGGUGACUCAGUUGCAAUUACAUUUCACUCAAAUGGUCAAGAGAAUCAAAUUAUACAGAGCCUUCAUUCCUUCUCAUUUGUUGUCUCAGUUGGAGAGUAAUGAGCAUGGAGAGGAAGACAAUGCACUUGAUACAAAGAAGGAUAAGAAAAAGGGUCAACAGUACAAGGUGAAGAGUGAUCAUGAUAGCAACAACUUUUCUUUUGUGAAGAACUCUCAUGCACAGGUCUCUUCUGUUUCUCAAAGUCAAGAAUUAUCACGAAAGAGCUCUUCAUCCAUGGCAAGUUCUUCAAGAAGACAAUCUUCACAAAAAACGCCAAUCGAUCGAUUUUCGCUCUAUUCUGAAAAGAGAAUGGUGAGUGGAGUCAUGCUUCAUUUGGAUGGAUUGAACGAAUGGUGGUCAUGCAUGAAUGGAAUUGAAAUUGUGAACUUGUUGAGUGAUGUUUUUGAAGUCAUGAAUCAACAAGCACGAUCAUUGGGUGCUCAAAUGGGUUCUUUCGAUUCUGAUUCUCAACUCAUCUUCUUCAAUGCAGCCAAUGAUGUGAAGAAACAUCAAGAAAAGGCACUUGCAUUUUGUGAUUCACUUCGAUCCAAACUUUCCCAAAUCAAGAAUCACAAAUGGUCUUCAACUCAUUCGAACUCACAUCAACAUUCAUUGAAUUCGAGUUUGACAAAAUUGAAUUUCAGAAUGGCAGUCACAUGUCAAGAAUGUAUUUGUGGAAAUUUGGGAACUCGUGAUUUCAAAUCAUUUCAAGUCAUUGGAAGUAUUCAAUCCAAUUUAGAUAGAAUGAUUCAAAUAGCGAACAGGUUGAACAUUCAAAUUAUAAUUUCACAACAAAUUGAACAUCAUUGCAGUGAAAAGUAUCAAAUGAGAUUCAUUCAAUUCCAAGACUUGUUGAUUGACAAUUAUUAUGCCAGUUGUCCCUUUGAUCAAAAUGGAAUUAACAAGAGUGGUGAGAAUGCUCAACAGCCAUCAAUUUCACAACAACAAAUUCCUCAAAACUCUCACAACACUUUCUCUUAUUUAUUUGAAUCAUGUAAAUUAUUUGAAGUUGGAGAUAAUAACACAUCUGAAAUGGAUGAAUGGAUGUAUGAAUUGGAAUCCAAAGAAAAGAAGAAUCAACGUUGGUAUUAUUAUAAUUUGGCUAUCAAGAAUUAUUUUGUUGAAAAUCAAGUGGAACAAGCUCUGGAAAUGAUGAAUUUACACAUGACUCUUGAAACUUCCAAGUGUGAUCUUGUCGCUCGAAACAUGCUUUCCCAGAUGCAAAUCAAUAAUUCAAGUGUACAUUGGCAGCAAUAG